AUGGAAAUGGGAGUGGUGACAGAGACGACCAGUGCUCAGUUGUACAGAAGUGGAAUAAAGAUGGUAGUUGAACACAUUGAAGUGGAUGAAGAAGAGCGCACUUGGCUAGAAGGAUCAACGAAUAAAGACCAAGAAGAUUUGGCAGAGAGAAAGGUUCCGAAAUUAAUGAAAGAAGCUCCACGGUACGAUGCUGCUCCUCUGGCCACUCCCAUUUGCUUCCGUCCAAGGCGUUGUUAG